AUGAUGGACAUUAUUUCCAUCAAUAAAAAACAAAAUAAUGGUAGUAGUAUUAAACGUGUUCAUUCAAUGACAACACAGAAUAUUUCAAAAUAUACUAAAAAAUUAAUAAAUAUUGAUAAUAAAAUAAAUGUACAUGAUUAUUUUUUACAUGAACGACCAUUUACUAAUAUAAAAAUAAUAUUUAAUCAACAAAUUAUAUGGUGUGAUAAAGCUUUAUUAUCAGCAGCUUCACCAAUAUUUCGUGAAUUAUUUAUAAAAAAUCAUAAAGAUGAAUCAAUAUUAUUUAAUGAUAUUGAUUUAAAUGAUUUUUUAUUAAUGCUUGAAUUUAUUUAUCCAAUAUUUAAUCCUGAAAUAAAUGAAAAAAAUAUAUCAUGUCUUAUUAAUCUUUCAUAUCGAUUUCAAUAUGACAUGUUAAAACAUGCCUGUCAAAUAUAUGUUAUGAAAUAUUUGAGCACAAUUCGACGUGUAUUUAAUAGUACCCAUAAUUCAGAAGAGGAAGGCGAUUGUUUUGUCAGUAAUAAUAAUGGUAAAAAUGAACAUAAUAAACAACAUGUUCUAAUUGAAUUUCAUAAUCGAACAUGUGUUGAUGCUUUUCAUAUAAUAAUCAAUCUAUGUCGAUGGUUAAAAACAUACUAUUACAACGAUAAUAUGCUUCCCACACACACAAUCAUUUCCGUUCUACAACAAAUAUCAGUCGAUUAUCUUGAACAAGCUCUAACUACAGUUGACAUUAAUGAUGAAAUAAAAGCUUAUAUUUAUAAAGAACGAGCUCAAUAUCUUGAACAAAUAUAUCAUAUUAAACAUAUUGAAUGA